AUGUCUCAGAGUUGGAGCCAACAUCAAAUAGAUCACGUUGCUGCAAACGGAUCUGUAGGGCAAACCGUACCUCAGCAACAGCAGCAGCAACAGCAUCAAACUGGAGCUCAAGAGCGACAGUUAACUGAUGAAAGUUCUGGUUUAUCAAAUAAACUGAAUUCAGAAGGAAUGAAGGGACAGGGGCAAUACACUCUUCCUUCGAUUUCAGCAGGACUACCACCUAAUGCUGGGGAGCAGCAGCAACCUCCAUCAGAUGGAUCGACAUACCGACCAUUGAACGUGAAGGACGCUUUGUCAUACUUGGAACAAGUUAAGUUCCAAUUUAGCAGCAGACCCGACGUUUACAAUCAUUUCUUGGAUAUAAUGAAGGAAUUCAAGUCUCAAGCGAUUGACACCCCUGGAGUUAUUGAGCGCGUUUCUACAUUAUUUCAAGGUUAUCCUACUUUAAUUCAAGGUUUUAAUACGUUUUUGCCUCAAGGCUAUAAUAUCGAAUGUUCUGCAGAUCCGAAUGAUCCGAUAAAGGUCACAACGCCAUUUGGCGUUACAGGUGAGAUGUCAAUUGUGUCACCAGGCAACCACAUGCCUCAUGGAGAACAGCACCAGCCUGCUGUCCAGGGUAUGCAACCGAUGUACCAAGCUUCAGACCUUCCAUCGGCAUUAGCGCAGCCGCAGGAUCAAUAUGGAGUUGGUGUUAAAAAGGCCGGCGACGUUGAAUUUUCGCACGCUAUAAGUUAUGUUAACAAGAUUAAAACAAGAUUUGCAGACCAACCGGAUGUUUACAAACACUUCUUAGAAAUCUUGCAGACAUACCAAAGAGAGCAGAAACCUAUCAAUGAAGUUUAUGCACAAGUAACUGUUUUAUUUCAAAAUGCUCCUGACUUGCUUGAUGAUUUUAAGGAGUUUUUACCUGAUGCUUCCGCUCCGAAGGUGCAGCAUCAGCCCCACCAUUUGAAUAACACUUUGACUUCUACUAGCUUUUACCGUGCUCAGCAGCAGCAUACUGCCCAACAGCGACAAACAGUUGCUCACCAACAAAAUUUACCUCCAUUGGGUAGCUUUUCAACACCUGGUGAUUAUCAUACAAUGGGUAUGCCUGUAGUCCAAGGACCCGGUAUUAGCCAUGUUCAUGAACAACCAUCUCACAUUGUUACGCAAGGUAUAUCAAACCAAAAUAUACCUGUUUCAGAUUUGCGGACAACAAAUGAUGGGUCUCUUAGACCCGCAGACUACAAUCAGGGUCAUGAUAUACAGUAUUUGGAGCCAACUACAAGGCCUGAAAUCGACCUAGACCCAAGUCUUGUACCAGUGAUACCGGAGCCUGUUAAGCCUUUAGAAGAUGAGUUGAAUCUAGUUGAGGAGACAACUUUUUUUGAUAAGGCUAAAAAGGCUAUUGGCAAUCAACAAGUUUAUACGGAAUUCUUAAAAAUCCUCAAUCUCUACUCCCAAGACUUGUUGGCAUUGGAUAAACUAGUUGAAAAAGUCGGGCAUUAUUUAUCGGGCUUCCCUGACCUUUUUGAUUGGUUUAAGAGUUUCGUUGGUUACCAAGAAGUGCCAAAGCAUAUUGAAAAUGUUGUUCAUGAGAAGCACAGGUUAGAUUUAGACCUAUGCGAAGCUUGUGGACCAAGUUACAAAAAAUUACCUAAGGCUGAUACCUUUAUGCCAUGUUCUGGAAGAGAUGAGAUGUGUUGGGAAGUUUUGAAUGAUGAGUGGGUUGGUCAUCCCGUAUGGGCGUCCGAAGAUUCUGGAUUUAUUGCUCAUAGGAAAAAUCAGUAUGAGGAUACAUUGUUCAAGAUAGAAGAAGAACGACAUGAGUAUGAUUUUUACAUUGAAGCAAACCUCAGGACGAUUCAAACCCUAGAAACUAUUGCCAAUAAGAUUGCUAAUAUGACCAACGAAGAAAAAGCCGCAUUUAAAUUACCACCAGGCUUGGGUCACACUUCUGUUACCAUUUACAAGAAGGUCAUAAGAAAAAUAUACGAAAAAGAUAGGGGCUUCGAGAUAAUCGACGCUUUGCAUGAGCACCCAGCUAUAACUGUUCCUAUUGUAUUAAAGCGUUUGAAACAAAAGGAUGAAGAAUGGAGACGAGCACAGAGGGAAUGGAAUAAAGUAUGGAGGGAGCUAGAGCAAAAAGUAUUUUACAAAGCUUUAGAUCAUCUUGGAUUAACAUUCAAACAAGCAGACAAGAAGCUGUUAACCGCAAAACAACUAAUUUCGGAAAUUGGUAGCAUUAAGGUCGAUCAGUCUAGUAAGCGCAUACAUCCAUUGACUCCGAAGCCUAAAAGCCAGUUGACCUUUACCUUCAAGGAUUCUGAGGUUUUUUAUGAUAUUUUAAGUUUAGUUUUUGUUUUCAUUGACAACAAUAAUACCUAUUCAUCGCCCGAUAAGGACCGUAUAAAAGAAUUCCUCAAAGGAUUUUUAUGUCUUUUCUUCUCAUAUCCCAUGGAUGAGGUAAACGAUGCCUUAUCAAAACGGUUUAGUACAACAUCAGCUGUCAAUUCUUCCGCUGAAGAUGCAGAUUUACAUCAAGAGAAGGCGAACUUAGAAAUUACAAUGAAGCGUAGCCACGACGAUACGGACUCCUUGUUGAGGGACAUACUUUAUAGAAAUAAGCAUCAAAAGGGUAGGAAUCCUGCGCAAGAGAGCUCUUCAGAAGAUAUUGAUAGGGAGUCCGAGCUCGAGGAAGAAGAGAUUAUCAGGCAAGAAGCUAAAAAGCCAUGGCUACUAGGAAAUAUAGUUGAUGAAGCUGAUAACCAUGGUCAUGUUGAAAAUCGUACCAUAUUCAAUAUGUUUGCCAAUACCAAUAUAUAUGUUUUUUUCCGCCAUUUGACUACAAUGUAUGAAAGGUUGUUUGAAGUGAAACAAAUGGACAAAGAAGUUACCGAAGAAAUAGCUAAUAGGAAAGUUGUACAAUUUGCAAAGGAUUUAAAUUUGAUAUCUACGCAGUUGACAGAUAUGGGACUAGAUUUUAAGGGAUCGCCUGCAUACGUGGAGUUGUUGCGUUUAUCCAGAAAUUUGAUCAGCGGUAAUUUAGAGCAUCAGUGGUUUGAAGAAAGCUUACGUCAAGCAUACAAGAACAAGGCAUUUAAGAUAUAUACUGUUGAUAAAGUUAUCCAGUCAUUGGUUAAACAUGCACACGCUAUCAUUACUGAUACCAAAACAGUGGAGAUUAUGAUACUGUUUGAGAAAGAUCGCACAAGAGUCUCCACAAGUACAAAAGAGCAAAUUCUCUAUCGCUUACAGGUUAGAUCAAAUAUGUCGAACAUUGAGAAUAUGUUCCGUAUUGAAUUCAACAAAACCACUUCACAGGUCUCAAUACAGUAUGUCGCUGUCGAUGACUUAACACUUGAGGAACCUAAAUCCUUGAAAGAUAAAUGGCAAUAUUACCUUACUUCUUAUUCUUUAUCUCACCCUACUGAAGGUAUUUCACAUGAUAAUUUAAAACCCCCUUUCCUUGAAAAGAUUAUUGAGAGGGAAGAAGAUUAUAUUGAUGAUAAGGACGAAAAGUACUCACCUGAAGGCAUUGCUUCCUCGAACCUAAAAGUUAGAAUAGACCCAGCUACAUACUAUAUGGAGGUGGACGCUGGUUCUCACGAUACAUUUUCAAGAAAAGCUGUUAAUAAAUUUCCAACUAAGGCGGAAGCAAAGAAGAAGAAAUCGUUCGAACUAAAAGCGGAAUUUGAGAAGUUCCUAAAUAGCAAUAAUGGUUGGAAAAAGGGUAUAGCCAGCGAGAAUGCAGCAGAUGUCGAAAAUCGGCUAGAUUUUGUAAAGAAAAAUGGCACACUAGAAGGAUAUUCAACAAAAAUAGUAUCCUCUAGUGUGGGCGAAGUGGAUCGCACUGGAAAUAAAGAUGCAAAACUAACAUCUUCGCAAAAAACUGCAGAUUCUAAUUCUGUGGUUCCUUCUCCUGCGCAACCUUAA